AAUAUUCAAGAAUUGCGAGGCUAGAUCUUCAUUCUUCCACUCACAUUUCAUAGUUAAUUUGCAUCUUACAUAAAAUUAAAAUUAAAAUUAAAAUAUCGUGAGUGAGAUAAUGGCAGAAGAAGAAGAAGAAUCAGAGCUGAGCGAGAAGCAGAAAGUAGAAAUCGCGAAAUGGUUUCUCCUCAAUUCUCCUCCUGGAGAAAUCCAAUACGUUGCCAAAGAUGUGAAAUCCAUUCUCAACGACGAUGGUUUGUUCAACGAAGCUGCUUCCGAAGCAUUUCCCCUUUACAACAAAUCUCACUUGAUCGUUCUUUCAAUGCCUGGUCGAAGCGGAGACGUAUUGGUUACUUCUUUUGGGGAACUUGAGGACAAUGCAUUUCUUGAUCCUAGGACUGCUCAAGUAGCAAUAGUUGACCAUGUUAAACAAGUUUGUACAGAGGUGAGACCUGCACUGGAUGAAGAACUUCCAUCUGCAUACAUUGAAGAAUUUCGAUGCAGUCUGGAUGCUGAGAUAAUUAAAUAUGUUGAAGAAGCUUAUCCAAAAGGUGUAUGCUCUGUCUACUGUGUAAAUGGGAAGGAUGCAGAGGGCCCAGGAUCUGAUUUUGAGCUUGCCAUAGUGAUUUCUGCUGCUAGGCAUAGUCCACAAAAUUUCUGCAAUGGGAGUUGGUGUUCAAUUUGGAAUAUUGAUUUCAAAGACGAACAACAAACAGUAGAAGUAAAAGGAAAAUUGCAGGUUGGAGCCCAUUAUUUUGAGGAAGGAAAUGUGCAGUUGGAUGCAAAACAUGAAUGCAAAGAUGCAACUCUUUUUCAGGCUCCUGAGGAUUGUGCGCUUGCCUUAUCAAGCAUUAUUCGUCACCAUGAAACAGAGUACCUUGCUUCGCUUGAGGCUUCAUAUCUAAACCUUCCUGAUUCUACUUUCAAGGAUCUUCGGAGGAAGCUUCCAGUCACCCGCACCUUAUUUCCAUGGCAUAACACUUUGCAAUUUAGCUUGUCAAGAGAUAUCUCAAAAGAACUUGGCAUUGGAAAGUAAAUACAUACACAUACACAACAAAUUAAAGUUGUGUUUAGUCGAACCUGGUGGCGACAAGUUUCCUAUAUAUAAAGUUAUUCAACACAUGUAACUGAUCAAAUCAACGAUCAAUCAUUCUUAGGGUUGACUUUAUCUUCACACAUUUGCUUCCUGUAGUGCACUUCUUUGUGUGAGUCUCUUUCACCGGUAUACUGUACUUUAAUUCUUUUUUUACAUUAUUUGUAUAGCAGUAAAGAGUUACUUGUGUCUCAAGCGAUUUUCCUAAAAAGUUUAAUGUCAGUACAAUUAGAAAGCUUGUUUUUUCAGAAGAAAAUCUUGAGGUGGUUUUGCUUUAUAA